AUGAUUUAUGGUAGGUGUGCAGCUUGCAAGAGUCAAAGAAGAAGGUGCCCUUCUGAUUGCAUUUUCUCUCCCUAUUUCCCUCCCAAUGAUCCUCAAAAAUUUGCUUCUGUUCAUCGAAUCUAUGGUGGUAGUAAUGUUGGAAAAAUGCUUCAGCAAUUGCCUUAUUGUGUAAGAGAGCAAGCUGCAAAUACUUUGUAUUUAGAAGCACAAUGUAGGAUUCAAGAUCCGGUUUAUGGAUGUGUUGGGAUUAUCUCUAAAUUGUAUCAACAAAUCCAUGAAACAGAAGUUGAGUUGGCCAAAAUCCAAACUCAAAUUGCUUAUUAUAAAUUCCAAAAUCAACAAUUUGAAGCUGAAUCCAACUUAAGUUCUUUGCCACUACCACAGGGUAACAACAUGGAGAUGGAGCACUUUCAAUGGCCUAGUCAAGCUCUUAAUUACUCCAAUUGA